CCGUAGGCUACGUCAGGAGAAAAUACUGUCAGCUAAUUUACAGCUAGCCACUUGUUAAGGCAACAUGGCUUUUACUUUGUACUCUCUUAUUCAAGCAGCAAUCCUGUGCAUCAAUGCUGUCGCUGUAUUGCACGAAGAAAGAUUUCUGAGUAAAAUUGGCUGGGGAGUGGACCAAAGUGUCGGAGGUUUUGGUGAUGAACCAGGUAUCAAAGUGCAGCUAAUGAACCUUGUCCGCUCUGUGAGGACAGUGAUGAGAGUGCCGCUGAUUGCAGUGAAUUCAGUUUGCAUUGUGUUGCUGCUUCUGUUUGGAUGAAGAGGAGCCGGUGAAGACGGGACAAAGCAGUCUGGUGCCCGGAGAGCAUCUUUCACCUCAGGAACCUUCUGCACAGACAUUUUAGCCCUUUGACACACACAGCGUCUCCUGUCAGCCUGAAUGUGAAUGUUAACAUCACUGAUAUUCAGUACACGGGAUACUUGUUAGGCCUGUUUUAUACAGCACAGUAAUUCAAGCAAGUCAGUGCAGCUAUUGAAUGGUUGUCUUCCCUGUUCUGUUGAAUAGUACUAUAAAAUGCUGAAUAGUUAACACUUGAUUUGCUUUUGAAUACAAUAUUAGAAAUAACAUGUUUUUACUCUUUUCUGAAAAAAACAUGAUAACUGCCACAAAGAAGUUAACAGUGAAAUGAUUGUUAUUAUUUAUAUUACACUGAAAAUAUGUAAAUGAACUCUGGAAGACGUGCUGUGGUUGUUGAAAUGCUCGAAAACAAAGAGUUUCUUAAUAAAACUUUCACCCUG